AUGGAUGGGCACGGAGAGUUGGUGACCUUGGAGGAGGGAUGGACAAAACUGCGUCUCCAGGGGAUUGAGAAGGUUCAGCGGUUUUUGGAGCAGAGGCCUGAACGAGGCCAUGCGACCAAACGAGUAUGUGUCGUGUCAAACGAAGACUAUGCAGCCAUAUACACGAUGGUCUACACGAUGUGUACACAGCGGUCACCAUACAAUUUCUCGCAGGACCUCUAUCAACUUUACGGAGACUCAAUAGUUCGCUAUGUGCACUCCACUGUCCUGCCGUCCCUGGAGAAUCGGAGAGGCUCAGAUCUGCUGGAGGAGCUGCUGUGUCGGUGGGAGAACCACCGUACCUUGGUAAAGUGGCUUCAAAAAUUCUUUGCAUAUCUAGACCGCUACUAUGUCAAGAUGUACAUGGAGGCUCCCCUGGUCAAGAGGGGCAUUGCGAUUUUCAAGGAUCAUGUCUUUGAAAGGGUUAAGCAGCCCGUUUCCGCCGCCAUCGAAGAUGCGAUUCGUCGACAGCGUGAAGGGGAGUCGCUUGAUGAGGAGAGUGUGGCGCAGCUAGUGUGUAUGUAUAUUGGCCUUGACCCUGAAGAUGAAGGGUUGGGCCUCUACCAGCGCGAGCUAGAGGACCUGCUUUUAGCUUCCACUAAACAGUUCUAUGACCGCAAAGCCAGAGAGUGGAUUGCAAGUAGCACCUUCUCCGAAUACCUGCAACUUGCGGAGGCGGCGCUUGAGGCUGAAGCGCGCAGAUGUGAGAGGUACUUGCACAGCAGCAGUAGCAGUAAGCUGCUGGGAGUCGUUGUCAAAAGCACUCUACAGCAACAUCAACAGGAACUACUAGAGAAAGAUACGGCGAUUCCCUUUCUUCUGGCUGGGGAGGGACGAGCGGAGUUACGAAUGGCCCACAGAUUAUUUGCCUUAGUGGAUGGAGCGGUUGAAGACCUAGCGAAGCAGUUCAAGGUGUACAUUUCGGCUUGUGGAGACAAGCUAGUGCAGCAGCGGGUUGCCGCGAUGAAAGAGACACAACAGAUGAGGGCACAAGGUUCGGCCAGCAGCAGCAGCAACGCUGCUUUGACACAGCAACAACAGAGGCAACAGGAUAUCAUCGCGGAGCACCGAUUUGUGGAGAGCGUGUUGGAUUUGCACGACCGAUUCAAAAGUAUCACACUGGAUUGCUUUCGAGCUCAGCAGCGCAUUGCGCAUGAUGCUUUGGGUUCUUCAGCACGACCCACGCCUCAGGCUGACUCACUAUUCCAGAAGGCACUCAAAGAAGCGUUCGAAAGCUUCGUCAACGCGCAAUCUCUGCAGCCCCCUUUUGCUCAACUGCUGGCGUCGUUUUGUGACCGCAUUCUGAGGAAGGCUGGGGGCGAGAGAAUGGGUGACGAUGAAAUCGAAGAGUGCCUCAUGAAAGUUGUUGAAAUUUUCAACUACGUAACGGACAAAGACCUUUUUGCUGAGCAAUACAGAACGCAGUUGGGUCGUCGGCUGUUGCAUGAGACCUCUGCAUCACUCGAGCUCGAGCGGUUACUAAUAGCGAAACUGCGUCUUAAAUGUGGCGCCCAUUUCACUGCGAAAGUAGAGGGGAUGGUGAACGAUCUCCAAGUAGCUGCUGGUCUUAUGCGGUCAUUCCAGCAGCAGCAGCAAGAAGAGCAGCUGAAGAGAAAGGCGGAUGAGCAGGAGUCGAAAGUAAAUGAGAGUGCAUCCAGGAUCAAGGAUGCAUCCGUCUCAUCUGCCACAGUGGAAACGGUAAUGAUAGCGCCUGACUUGCGCUUGCCGCCUCAAUUGGCCCAAUGCGUCAACGCCUUUGAGCAAUUCUACACCUCGCAGACACAACACAGGAAGCUCACAUGGGUCAACUCACUGGGAACUGCGCUUGUGGCUGCACAACUCCAAAAUCGCCAAGACCUCAUAUGCAACACAAUGCAGGCAGCUCUACUCCUAAGAUUCAACAGAAAACAAGACGACGGGUGUGGUCGCACCAUAUGCUGCGCCGGCGAUCCUGCUUUGUCGGUACAGCAGCUUGUGGAAGAGCUACGCCUCGACGAGUUGACAGUGAAGAAGUUGCUGGGGUCACUUAUGCUUGGCCGUUUUAAAAUACUCAAGAAAACGGAGAGCGAUCUCUUCCAGGUUAAUGAAAGCUUUUCAUGCCUCCACCGGAAGAUUAAGUUACCUACCCCUGUGCAAGAGGAAGCACAAUGCCGGGCGCGUGUUGAGGAGGACAGGUCCAUCACUGUUGAUGCGGCCAUCGUGCGCAUUAUGAAGACACGCAAGAGCCUGUCGCACCAGCAGCUAGUAGGCGAGGUUAUGGCCCAGCUGCAUUUCUUCCAGCCGCCUCCUAAGCUGCUGAAGGAAAGAAUACAGGACCUGAUCGCCAGAGAGUUCUUGGAGAGGGACAAAGACAAGCCAACCCAAUACAAUUACGUUGCUUGA